AUGCCAGCGACGCGAGGCGCCUCCGGGCGUUCCCCCAAGGACGAGUCCUACGGCGAGAAUCUCAAGGCGAUGGACGCCUCGGAUCCCGCGGCGGGCGACCUCGGCACCCUCGCCAGCGGCAGCUCCGACGACGCUCUCGUCAUAGAUCCCGCGGCGGUGUCCGCUGCGUUCGCGGACCAGCUCGACGACAGCGUCAUGCGCGACGCUCUGUUCACGCUCGGCUUCGACGACAUACCCCCGAUGAGCUUCACCCCGAGCGUCGGCGGCGACGACGCCGACGGGGACGGGAAAGACGGCAAGAAGGCGCGAACCACGGGAAGCAACCAGCGAGCGGUGCAGAAGCGAUACCGCGAGCGGAAGAAGCAGCACACCGCGGCGCUGGAGGCCAAGGUGGCCGAGCUUCAGUCCCGGAUCGACGAGCUCGAGUCCGAGAAGAGGGAGAUGAACGACCAAACGGAUCGGCGCGCGGCGCAGGGCGGCGACGAGUCCGGCAUCGCGUCCACGGCGUGCGGCCUCGUCGACGCCGCAUCCAUCGGCGGCGACGGCCGGAUGUCGUCGGCGUGCGAGAAGGCCAGGAAAGAGUACCUGCUCAAGUUCGGCGAACGCGUCAGGCACAUGCGGAGCGCGCUGGAGCGCGGGGCGUCCGACGGGGAGCUCAGGCAGGCGCUCAGGGGGAUGGUCGCGCACUGCCUCGGGAAGAACCCGGAUUCCUCGCCAAGCGGACCGGCGCUGAAGUCGAUGAUGACGUCCAACGCCCGGAUGCUCAACAGGGAGGCGGCGUCUCAACAGGCGGAUGCUCAACAAGGACCCGUCAGCACACACAGCGGCGGCAGCGAGGGAAGCGACGGGUUCAUGGCGCAUACCGAUUUGAAGACGGCGCUCAUGCGUUCCAACGAGGGAAUCGUCCGCGCAAACGGCGUCUGCAGCCAGAGCGUGUGUCAGAGCGUCUGCGGCGGGCCGCUGCGAGUGACGAUCGACGGCUCCAACCCUACCGAGGAGGAGGCCAGCGCGCAUUGGAUCACGGUGGCCGGGGCCUUGCGGGACAGCGUGCCCCCGAGCGAGGUGACCAAGCUGAUUCGUUGGAGAGACGAAUACGUCGCCGCCAUCUCGAACAUAUACGAGGAGCGUCAGCGAAUCGGUGCGAAGCUCGCCGGCGUCGGGCAGCCGUUCGCGAGGACCGGUUUGAAGGGCGACGACUCACCGCCCAGCGACGAGAGCACGCGAGGUGACGGGACCUCGCCCAUCGUCGCCGAAACGACGCAAGGCGAGGCGUUCGUCGAUACCAUCGCCGUGGCCGAGGCGCUGCGCGAGAGCGUCACUCGCGAGCUGGAACUCAAGAUGCGCUCCCAUCCGACGUUGGUGCUCAAGACGCUGUCACCCAGGACGAGCGCGGCGAUCAUCGUGUCGUCGUACCCGUUCCUUCCGGACGCGGUGGCGGUCGCGUCGCUGAUGAAGACGUGGAGGGACGACGGGAAUAGCGUUAAAGUGUAG